CGCCCAGCCCGGCAGCACGAAGGACCUUCGCCGGGGCUCAGUCUGCUCCAGCGCCUCCUUCAACCGCCUCAGGAAGCCAAGCUGAAGCGCCGCCGUGCAACCAUGUGGAAAUACGCUAUGCCGUGGGUGGUGGCAUGGGCGGCGUGGCAAGUGGGCGCCUCUCCCCCGUCGGACGGGCGCUCCUCGGACCCGCACAUCCAACCAGGGGAUCAGCCCGAGAUCCACUCCUUCCCGGGCGAGGUGGCCCUUGGUAAUCCAGACACAAUGGAGACGGACAUCCCAGGGGCGCCGCUCAGCCCGGCGGACUUCGAGAACAGCGCCGUCAUGAUCCACGAGGCAGUGGACACGAGCCACCAGGCAGACCCCUCGAGCUCCCGGGCCCUUUUCCCAAGGGGGACAUACUGCUUAAACCCCCGCGACCACUAA